AUGUCAGAUACGAAAAUGAAUAACUUCCCCCAAUUAAAACAAAAUUUGAUCAUGAAUGGCUCUGAUCCAUUUAAUCAUUUAAUUAAUCAACCCCACUCUACAACAAAUUCUCCUUCUUCAUCAUCUGCCAGUUCUUCCUUUACUUCAACUAAGAAUAAUAAAAAUGAUAAUUUUAAUCCUGUCCACAGGCUUCAUAAGAGUGAGGAUAGUACAACAAACUUAAUUAAUCGUCUCCCUUUGAAUAUACCCUCAGCUAUGCUUACUGAAGAGGAAUUGGACGGAGGGGAACUUUUAAGUGUUGAGGAGAGAGAGGAAAUAGACCCGGAAGAUGGCUGCAAAGUUCAAGUAUGGACUUAUCGUAUAUUAUCAGCCGAUGGGAUGGAAGAGAGUACAAUAAUAAGAAGACGUAAAAUGAAGGUUAAUUGUACUGAAUCACUCAAAAGAAUAGAAUUUUCUAAUGGAAGAGAGACUAAAUAUGAGGAACGUGAGGUUAUCAACAAUUUGGAUUCAUUCACUCAACAACCUAAUCAUACACCUUUUCGUAAUUCUUCAGCUACUAAUGAGAGAACCAUGGAAGAUGUAGGAAACAAAAAGAAAUUGAAAAAAAUUUAUUUAAAGGACGAGGAUUCUGCCCAGAUUGGCAGCAUGUUAUUUCAAACCCAGGACAGCUUUCUUCGUCUUGUCAGAGAGAAGAAAGAUGCACUCGUUAAACUCUUUCCAGAACUGUUUACCAAUUUACGAACAACCCCAGCAAUUUUUGAGUCAAUGCCUUCUACCGUAAUGGAAACCAUUGUAAACGAGGAUGGAAGUACUACAACACGUACAAAAUUUUCCAAGGCUUUUAGCUCUCAUUAUACACGUCAGGAGAUGUUUAUUAAUGGUGUUAGGAAGGAGUGCCGUUCUCGAUUUCGAGCUUUCAUGGAAUAUGCUGGUCCAGAAGGGGGAUUCUGCAUACGACUAAAUGAUCACGCAGACGAGGAUUUAAGCGAGGAAGAAAGUAACGACCACGAAGAGUCCACUUCUGAUGGCAAAAGUUGGAUAAGCAGUAGUGGACGUUCUUUAGCCUUAUCAGAAAUUGGUGAAGGGCAAUCAGCCCUAGUAAUACCUGGAAAGCAGGGACAACUUUGCGUGUUAAAGGACAAAGAAAAUAAUAAAAGAUGGGAAAAAGCAUGGCACGCUGUUAAUGAAAUGGUACAAUCUGAGGAAAGAUAUGUACAAAAAUUGGCAUUACUUGAGAAAUUCCGCUCAACUAUUGAACGUGCUCAACUUCUUGAUAGAAGACUUCAAUGCCACCUUUUUUCUAAUAUUGCAUCCCUAAACCAAUUCCAUGAACAACACUUGUUACCUCAAUUAAUGGAUAGACGGAGGGAAUGGCAAGGCACUAAAAGGAUAAGCGAUGUUCUCAGAAAACAAGCUCCAUUCCUUAAAAUGUACAGUGAAUAUACUAACAACUACAAAACUGCUGUUCAUAUAUUCGAGGAGUGCAUGCGCAAAAAGAGGGCUUUUGGAGAAAUUGUUCGGCAACUUGAACAAUUACCUGAAUGUGAACAUCUUUCGCUUGUUUCCCAUCUAAUCUGUCCUGUACAACGGGUCAUGCGUUAUCAGCUUUUAUUAAAAGAAUAUCAAAAGAAUUUAUUGCCAAAUGACCCUGAUUGGGAAGAUACGGAGACUGCUCUAACUUUGGUUCUGGAAGCAGCCUCUCAUGCCAAUGAAAUGAUGAGAAAAUUAGAUCGUUAUCGAAAUGUUUUAGAAAUACAAGAACAAUUGGGCAAUUCAAUUGCUUUAGUUUCGCCGGGGCGUGAAUUGCUAACUCGAUCACGUUUAUUUAAAUGUUCUUCUAGCACCGGAAAAGUUGAGGAACGGUUAGGACCUCAACGUUGCGUGGAACUUUUUUGUGAAACCGAAGCAGAGAAAAAGGCUCUGUUUGAUACUGUUUGGUCUGUUAUCCAAGAAGCACACUCGAAAGAAUUAAAUAAUAAUCAUUUUGUACAAUCUCCCCAACCUACGGAUAAUCAACAACCGAAAAAAUGUGCUAGAUGUAAUAAUGAUUUUGGAUGGUAUGCCAAACAAAUUGAAUGCCAACGUUGUGGACAACGCUACUGUAAAAAAUGUAUAGCUCAAAAACCCCAGAAAAUGUGCCUUAAUUGUCUCGGAACUAUUGAAGGAUUGCGCAACUCGAGAUCUGAGGGGCCUUUGAAUAUUAGGGAAGGAACCCCAAUUACGAGAAAAAAUCUUUUGCAAGUUCCAGCUUCAGGGAACGUGUCUGAUGUUGUUAAAUCUGGCUAUCUAAAAUUCCGAGGGCAUUCAGACAAGCAACUUAGACGUUUCUUUGUUCUACGAAACAAUUUUUGUAUUUAUUCGUAUCGUUCUGAUCAAGAUAAUUCUGCCCUAGCCAUGCUUCCUCUAUCAGGCUGUGAUGUUAAUGUCCACUCCUCAAUGCUACAAGCUGAAAAGUUUGGAAUUUCUUUGAGGCACAUGAACAGACAAUAUUUAUUCAUUUGUGAGAACGAAUUUGACCAUGCUGAAUGGCUUGCAGCUAUGCUUCUUUCUGCCAAUGCAAAAUUACCGGGGGAAGAGUCGAGCGAUGAGGAGAAUGUUGAUUUGAGCAAUAUAGCGACAACAAUAGGUCCGGAACAGCAAAAACCGAAGCAUUCAUUUGCUUCGAGUUUGAAAAAUCCGUGGAAUAGCUUAAUCAGAAGGUCAUCUUCUAUGGGGGAAACACGCAUUGAGCAUCUAGAAAAGCCGAUUAAUGGGAACAAAAACGAAUUAAAAAAUGGCAAGAAUGAAAAAGAAGGGCAACUAAGAAAUGAGGUGGAAGAUGAAACAAGAUGGAGAAUAUUCAAAUUUUAA